CGAUGGUGGCUGGGCUGCUAGGGGCGGAGGCAACUUAGCCCCCGCGGUAAAGGAGACCCGCGGUGUUUGAGCCAAGCGGAGGAUGGAGAACCGGCCUGGGUCCUUCCAGUACGUUCCUGUGCAACUGCAAGGGGGAGCGCCCUGGGGUUUCACCCUCAAGGGGGGUCUGGAACACUGCGAGCCACUCACAGUGUCUAAGAUUGAAGAUGGAGGCAAGGCAGCCUUAUCCCAGAAGAUGAGGACUGGUGAUGAACUUGUGAACAUCAAUGGCACUCCAUUGUAUGGUUCCCGCCAAGAGGCCCUCAUCCUCAUCAAAGGCUCCUUCCGGAUCCUCAAGCUGAUUGUCAGAAGGAGGAACGCCCCUGUCAGUAGGCCGCACUCAUGGCAUGUGGCCAAGCUGCUGGAGGGAUGCCCUGAAGCGGCCACCACCAUGCAUUUCCCUUCUGAAGCCUUCAGCUUGUCCUGGCAUUCGGGCUGCAACCCAAGUGACGUGUGUGUACAGUGGUGUCCACUCUCCCGGCACUGUAGUACCGAGAAAAGCAGCUCCAUUGGCAGCAUGGAGAGCCUGGAACAACCAGGCCAAGCCACCUAUGAAGCCCAUCUCUUGCCCAUUGACCAAAACAUGUACCCCAACCAGCGUGACUCAGCCUACAGCUCCUUCUCAGCCAGCUCAAAUGCCUCUGACUGUGCCCUUUCUCUCAGGCCAGAGGAUUCAGCCUCUGGGGACUGCAUCAUACAAGGCUCAGGGCCAACUAAGGCCCCCAAUGGCCAGCCCAAUGUAGCUGAGACCUCAGGAGGGGGCCGGCGUGCCAAUGGGGGCCAUCUGACCCCCAACUCCCAAACGUCAUCCAGCUCACAGGAGGGCCAUCAAUCAGGGCCUACCAAGGCCUCUCGAGGCCCACCACAACCUCCAGUGAGGCGGGACAGCCUUCAGGCCUCCAGAGCCCAACUCCUCAAUGGAGAUCAGCACAGGGCUGCUGAGCCUUUGGACUCCUUGCAACAGGAGAAACCAAGCUCAGAAACCACACUGGCUCAAAGAAACCCUAACAAGUUCUGCUGCCUCAGAGGGCAAGACCAAGUAAUGAGUGAGGGCCAUCAGAACUGUGAGGUCAGCCAGCCUUCUGACUCCAGCCAGGAAGGCUCUGAGCAUCUAGUGAUGGAGUCCUUAGCCAAAGCUGCCAGAUCCCCCAAAACCUGUGAGAAAACUUCCAGCAUAGAUUCCAGCCCACUCAAUAAGGCUUCACCAGAGCUGGCUAAGGCGUCUUCUGUUGGCAACCCUCCACACCUCACAAGGUCCACAGGGCAUCGUCAUAGUGCCCCUGAACAGCUGCUGGUAUCCCACCUGCAGCAUAUGCACCUUGAUGCCAGGGGCAGCAAGGGUAUGGAGCUCCCAACUGGGCAGGAUAGGCACCAGUGGACCCUGUCUCCCUUGCAUACUAGCCACACAGGGAGGAAAAGUCCAUGUCCCCCUGAAGAAGGAACCCAGGACCAGCCCAGCAAAGAGAGAAAGACCAAGUCAGUGGAUGAUAGGCCUUUGGGUUCACGACCCCAAAGCCCAAGCAGUUCCCCACAUGGGGAAGCUGAUGUACACCUUCCAGAAAGAGGUUUCAUGGACCCAAACAGAGCAGGCAGUGAAUUGGCCAUCCAGAAGACCUCUGCCUCUGGCUCCCCUGUUCAACAAACCAGAGACUGUUCUUCAACCACUAAAGUAGCUAGCAGCACUGAAGCAACUGAACAAGGGGACAAUGAGCACAAGGAGUGUAUCUCAGUGGGUGGUAGGCGAAGUGGAAGGACACGGGGCCGCUCAAUCCAAAACCGGCGGAAGAGUGAGCGUUUUGCUACCAACCUGCGUAAUGAAAUUCAGAGGAGGAAGGCACAACUCCAGAAAAGCAAGGGUCCUUUGUCACAGCUGUGUGACACUAAGGAGCCAGUGGAAGAGACUGAGGAGCCCCCAGAAAGUCCUCCACUCCCUGCCUCUAACUCAUCUGUUCUAUCUUUAUAUAAAAAGCCACCUAGCCCCAAAGAAAAAGUCUUCAACAGGAGCAUGAUACUCAGGGCUAGGUCUUCGGAGUGCCUUAGCCAAGCCCCUGAGAGCCAUGAAUCUAGGACAGGUUUGGAAGGACAAGUAAGCCCAGGCCAGAGGCCUGGCCAGCCCUCUAUGGGCCUGAACCCUCGGUGGAAAGCAUCUGACCCAUCAUUCUCAGACUCAGAGAAAGCUAAUGCUCACUGUGGGGUCCAUGGAGGUCAUUGGAGAUGGUCUCCUGAGAAUAACCUGCAGCCACAUGUGGCACUAACUAUGGAAGGCCCUUCCAACCCUGGUAAUAAAGAAUUGAAGGUUUCUACUGCCCAAGCUGGGGAGGAAGCUAUCCUCUUGCCCUUUGCAGACAGAAGAAAGUUCUUUGAAGAGAGUAGCAAAUCCUUAUCUACAUCUCAUUUGCCAGGUUUAACCAAGCAUAACAAUAAGACUUUUACCCAGAGACCAAAGCCUAUAGACCGAAACUUCCAUCCAAUGAGCUCUAGGUAUAGGGACUCGAGACACUAUCCCAUGGACCAAUCAUGUCAUUCUACAGACCAACAAUAUCAUUCCAUGUCACCUCUUCAGUCAGAAACUCCCACUUACCCAGAAUGUUUUGCAAGUAAAAGUCUAGAACAACCCAUGUGUCGUAAGCCACUGCACUGUGGUAAUUUUGACUACCGCAGGACCUGCUCUUACUCCUGCAGUGUUCAGGGAGCUGCAGUCCAUGACCCUUGCAUUUAUUGUCCUGGGGAAAUCUGUCCUGCCUUGCUAAAGAGAAAUAUGAUGCCAAACUGCUACAACUGCCGGUGCCACCACCACCAGUGCAUCCAGUGUUCAGCUUGCUAUAAUCCUCAGCACAGUACCCUCAAGGAUGGCAGCUUGGAACCUGGCAACACUUGGAAAACCAGGAAGCUGACAGUGCAGGAAUUUCCUGGGGACAAAUGGAAGCCAAUAACAGGAAACAGGAAGAUCAGCCAUUCAGGGAGGGAAAUGGCUCAUUCCAAGGGUAGCUUUUCAUGGGCAACUCCUUUCCAUCCUUGCCUUGAGAACCCAGCACUGGACUUGUCAAACUACCGAGCAAUCUCUUCUCUUGACCUCUUUGGAGACUUCAAGCACUCCUCAAAAAAAACAGAGGAAACUUCAGUUUAUGAGGAGGGGAGCCCCAUUGCCCCCAUGCCCCAGCCACUGCGUAACCGUGCUUUCUCAGAGAGCCAUAUCAGCUUGGAGCCCCAGAGUUCCCGGGCCUGGGGGCAGCAUAGAAGGGAACUCUUUGCCAAAGAUGAUGACACCCAGACGGUCCCUCUUGGAGCCAGGAAGAAGGCCUUUCCUCCUCCUCGCCCUCCACCUCCCAACUGGGAGAAGUACAGGCUCUUCCGUGCAGCCCAGCAACAGCGACAGCAGCAGCAGCAACAACAACAGCGGCAGCAGGAGGAGGAGCAGGAGGUGGAAGAUGAGGAGAAUGAUGAGGAGGAAGAUGAGGAGGAGCUGCCACCCCAAUAUUUCAGUUCAGAAACCACUGGUUCCUGUGCCCUCAAUCCUGAGGAGGUCCUGGAGCAGCCACAACCCCUAGGUUUCAGCCACCCAGAGGCCUCAAGGCAGGCCUCACGAAGCCUUUCAUCAGAGCAACAGUCCUUUAAUCUCCAUUCCAGUGAUUUCCUGCCCAACCUGCCUCCAAAAGGCAGCCAGUUGGGAUCGCAACCUGAGCAGGCUCAGCUCCCUUGCUAUUAUGGCAUCAAUGGGCUUUGGAGGACAUCAGAGCAGCUGGCCCUGGACACUGAGGCCACUGACUCCCCCAAACCAGAACCCUUGAUGGCAGAAGAGUCAAAACCCAAGCCAACAUGGAACCAGAGCUGUUAUUUUCCUGAGGAGCAGUUCUCUUUCAUAGGUUGGGGCUCCGAACAGCAGCACCACAGCACUGCAGGCAUUGGUGAACCCAAGGCAAAAGUGUCUGCUGCUACAAUUGCCAAGCCCCUGGGUGCCACUGGUUCCAUUCUUUUCCCAUUUCAUUCUGCAACCAUGGAAGAGGCUGGGGCCAUUGGGGAUAUGCCAGAAGCAGAGAGACGCUAUCCCUUCUCAGGCCUACGGUCUGCCCCACAGCGGGCUGUUUCAGAGGAGCUCAUGAGAGUUGUAGUGGGUCAUGACAAGUCCCUGGCAGGGGUGCUAAACCCAGCCUCCAACAUCGUGACCACUGCUGAGGUCAUGGGUGACCUCUUUGCUGCAGGAGACCUGCAUUGGAGGGGCCAUUUCAAUCAGGAGUGGCAUCCAGACAGAAGAAAUGAUGAGAAUGCCCAGGAAAGCCACAGGGUGCCUUUACAAGAAUUUCAGCACUUCUCGCCUCCUCAGGUUGCCCCAGGGAUCCCUACCUCUUAUUCAGCUUAUUACAAUAUUUCUGUGGCCAAGGCAGAGCUGCUGAACAAAUUGAAAGACCAACCCGAGAUUGCAGAGAUUGGUGUGGGAGAGGAGGAAGUUGACCACGAACUGGCUCAAAAAAAGAUACAGCUUAUUGAAAGCAUUGGCAGAAAACUUUCUGUCUUGCGGGAGGCCCAGCGAGGGCUGCUGGAGGACAUCAAUGCCAAUUCUGCCCUUGGGGAGGAAGUGGAGGCCAACCUGAAAGCCAUCUGCAAAUCCAACGAGUUUGAAAAAUACCGCUUGUUUAUCGGGGACCUGGACAAAGUGGUCAACCUGCUGCUGUCACUCUCUGGACGACUGGCCCGGGUAGAGAAUGCUCUCAACAGCAUUGAUUCAGAGGCUAACCAAGAGAAGUUGGUGCUGAUAGAGAAGAAGCAGCAGCUGACGGGGCAAUUGGCAGAUGCAAAGGAGCUGAAGGAGCACGUAGACGGCCGAGAAAAGUUGGUGUUCGGCAUGGUCUCCCGCUACCUGCCUCAGGACCAGCUCCAAGAUUACCAGCACUUUGUGAAGAUGAAAUCUGCUCUCAUCAUUGAGCAGCGAGAGCUGGAGGAGAAGAUCAAGUUGGGGGAAGAGCAGCUCAAAUGUCUCAGGGAGAGCCUACUCCUGGGGCCCAGCAAUUUCUAAUUUCACCAGCAGUCGGUUACAGCACACAGUGGAGAGUCCUUUCAAUCUUUGUUAGCAGUUUGUUAGCAGUUAGAUAGCAGUUAGUUAGCAGUUUGUUCCAUACUGUCUACUCUGGUAUUUUCACUGCUCCUUACCUAACAGUGCCCCCAACCAGCUAGGAGAACCAAGCUUUUCCCCAAGGGAGCAGCAACAAGUUGUGAUCCACACUUUUCUUCCUAAUUUGCACAGGAAAGCACGUGCCAACAAAGUACCUUUAUUCUUUUUACUAGAAUACCAAAGAUGUCACCUUCUCACCACCCACCCACAUGGUAAUCAGCCUUUCAAGACUCAGAGAGGAGCUUCCUGUGCAGCUCCACUCUGCAACAAGGCUCAUGUCCAGCCAUUUCCCACAGGGAUCCAACUGUGUUGAGGGCAUUCACCUACCACCAGUUUCAGGGCCUCACCCAAGCUUUGCAGUGGGAAGCAAAGAACCAGGAAUUACACUAAGAAUGCUAUAAAAGGCUGAGAAUUUCCAGAUGCCCUGCUGGAAGGAGCCAGGCUAAAGAAAAUUGGCUCUGCCUCAACCUUCCCCAGCAGCUGAUUGAGGGGGAGGAACCUGCUUUCAGACCUUCCUCUUGUCCUAAGACUUUUGGCUUACCACCUACUGUUUCCAUCCUGCCAUUUAAUUGCUGGAGGUUACAGGUGCCCACCCCAGGACUUCACAUGGUGGGUCAUUAAUAGCUCUAUCAAAACUGACUUCUGGAUACAUGUUUCAUUAUUGGGGGAGGGGGGUGCUUUUUUCAUUUUAUUAUAUUUUAAAUGGCCUUUUGAUUUUAUUUAUUUUUAUGUUUUGAUUUUUUCUUCUUUAAGUGAGAAUAGGGAAGUUGAAAAGAAAAAAGGUAGCCGGAAGGAAAGCAUUUUCUGCAGAUCAGCUUGAAUCCACUUUGGCUUGGUAAGCAGGUGCCAAGGCCCCGAAUUCUUCUCACCAUAGCUGACAAAUGUCUAAGAAAGGAGCCUCACCGUGAACUCAGAGCUUCCCUCCUGUGGCCUGGCCCUGUGCUUCCCUUGAUGUCUGCCUAACCAUGAGCUUAGCAUUACCCAGCAGGGUUCAAUAUUUUCCUACUUUUUUUUCUUGAAACCAAAGCAAUCUCCUGAAACGGACAAAGAUUCACCCAUUUCUCUACUGUCUCCAGAAUGAGGAAUAAGUAGAGGUGAUCUCAGGAGGAGCUCUUCUACCCAAAAAUUGCUUUCCUCAGCCUGGUGACCUGGUUUAGAUAACCAACCCUCAUAGUAGCUGAGAAGUCCAACCAGGGCCAGACCCCCAGAACAAAUAAUGAUCCAUUCCAGGAAUAAAUACAGCAGGCAAACAACCAAUGUUGCUGCUGUUGCCAGGGUCCUGACUCUGGUAGCCAGCUCCUACCCUGGAAAAGCCCUCAGGUGGGCAAUAGCAGGAAAUGAAUUGUGGGUAGAUGGUCAAACUCUGCCCUGUCGUCUAGCUCAAGUCCCUGUUCUUUGCUAACUAGAGCCAACUCUUGGUACUGUCAUCUCAGCCCAAGCCAGCCCUGGAAUCUUUUCUAGUGACUGCUGGGUUCCUCAGGACCCCUGAAGGUUAACUGUAGCAGCAGAAGUACCUCAUUCAACCAAAGAAUUUGCCAAGGAACUUUGCUGCUGCUACAAAUACCGGUUACUAGCUUCCUUUUCCUCUUCAUUGUAUUUGAAAACAAUGGUAGAAUCUUGGCCAGGAGGGUGUCCUGUGUAGGGGUUACUGCUGACACUGUUAGAGCCACUGUUAGAACCACUGUUAGAAUGUCAACCACCCUUCUCCCCUCCAAUGGAAGAUUCUGCUUUAUUCAGGAGGACUGAUGGCAUGCAAAGGGCUAGGAUUACCCAAGCAAAGACUGAAGAAGGUAGGAAGAGUACUUUGAAUAGAGGCUGUUUUUGCCAUUUUGUUUUUUCAAACAAGAUCUAGGACAAAGAAAAAACAAGUUGAGAUGUCCUGUAUUAGGAAGAUGAGGCUGAUGUGUUCCAUCAUUCUAAGAUGUUUUUGGCUAAAACAGCUUUUUGAAUAUAUGGGCACAGGGAAAUGUCAUCACUUACCUGAUCACCAGGGUCAUGGUCUGGGUUUUUCUAGUCAGUGUUAGAUUGGUUGUACCUUAAGUUUAUGACACAAAAACACUAUUGACUCCUUUAUUUUUGUUCCUCACCCCACCCCAAAUUAGCUUCUUGAGUUGGAAUCAGAACACAAGGAUGCUCAUUUUCAUAUAGAGGGACAGUUUUCAAAGCACUUAAAAAUAACCCAAAAUCUGUAUUGAGCAGUAAAGCUCAGCAGACAAAGGUGAACAGACACUGACCCACCACACUCCUGACCUGGCAGUUCUAUUGUGAAUGAUAGUGCUGAAAAACUGCCAGUAUUGUUUGAGAUGUAGUAUCUUUCCCCUAUUCUCAUUUCCUGGGCUCAGCUCUCCUCCAAAGCCUGCCAAGAGGAAACAAGUUGGAAAGCAGGUAAAAGGAAUUUCUCCAAAGACAGUUAGGAGUCUUGACAUCUACCCUCUCCCUUAAAAUACUCAUACAGGCUUCAUCGGGUAGUGGAUGAGCAAGUUGGUUGCUAGAUGGAGAAGAGUCAGUGCAAGAAUCCCUAUCACAAACCCCACAUCCCCACACACAGGUUUCUUUAGAUAAUUGACUCUUCUUGAGUCACUAGAUGCAGACUUAGGAGUAAAUGCCCAAGGGGAGUCCAAGAGAGAAAGACAGAAACACUGAAAAUAAAACCUGAGAUAGGAAGAUUUUAGAAGCAAAGGAAAUGAGAAGUGAAGAAAAGAAAAAAAGCCUCUUUCAAGACCAGGUUCAGGUUCUGUUUUCCACUUAACUUCAGGUGCCAAAAAGCUUCCCCGGGAUCACCAGAUACACAUCCUUAAACCCUGCCUCUCUGCAGUAGCAGGCCCCAGAUGGAUGAAGCUGGGCACAUUUCUGGCCACUUCUACCCAUCUGGAUCAUGAUGAGUCUCAUUGCCUUUGCAAAAGGAGUUGUCUAUGCCAAUAAUAUCUCUGUAACAGCAUAAUGUAUUGUUUGAAGAUUAGUAGAUCUUUAGAGGGGGGUGGGGCAGGGGACAGUUCCUCCAGAAAAAGAACCAGUGUUUAUUGUACAAAUGUUGGUGGUCCUCUAUCCCAUGUAAAGCUAUUAUUUUUCUGAAUCUUAUUGUUUCUGCAUUUAUGUCCCCCAUCACUCCCUUCUCAGCUGACACUGAUAUGCCUACUGGAUUGACAUCCAUGGUCAUACUUCAAUAAGAAGUGCUAAGGACAAAAACAUUAUCUCACGUGUUUGGACUGAGAUGAUGGAAAUCUCUUAAUAUUCUGCUGAAAAGUACUGGAAGAGAAUUUGAUCAUCGAUCCCUAGUCCAUUAAAUGUAGCCUUAAAACCAAAGCCUUACCCACAAACUUUCCUAAACACUUACCACAGCCCCACAAAGACGGCUUUGAUGCUAUACCAUUCAUUAUCCCCAGUUAAGUAGCAGAGACUGCCAGAGCCUUUUUAGGGAACAUAUUUUAGGCAUCUGUUCCAAGAGCACCCUAUAUGGGGGGAAAGAGUUUAUGCCAUGGAUUGCUUCGAACAUGUGUUGUUACCACAGGAAAUGAAGUGUGGUGUUUUUCUACUAAAAAAGACCCCAGGAUCACAGCCUUCCUCUUUAGUUCACCGAUAUAUUUCUUCUUCUAUGGUUAACCAAUGACAACAGCUCAACUACCCCAACCCAGCAUCUAUAAUGCAGGAAGAUUCAAUCAUAGGUGUAACCUCAGGUAUAGAUCUCAGCAGUAUACACAGUCCCGUUCUGGAAUAUAGUCUUACUGGAAGUGAGUCACCUUCUAGACCUUCACCAAUCUUGAGUUCUGUCUACUUUUAUCAUCUUGCUUCUGCAUGAUAUUCUAGUCUCACACCCUCAUUCCCAGCUCCUUGGAAAGCAAUGUCUUGACUGAUCAGUUCUCCAAGACAACCUCAAAAUUAGACCCAAAUUUACUCCAAGCAGCUCCCCCUGAAACAUUGAUAUGCUUACUUUUUCCCUCUGAUUCAUCCACCAUUCAUAUCCUGGUUGUCCUCCUCCUACUCCAGAAAUUCAGUGUGGUAGAAUAGAAAAACCCAGUUUUGAGAUUAGGAUAAUCUAUGUUCAAAUCUUUGUUCUGCCACUAUUCUAUGAACUUGGGUAACUUACUCCACCUCUGAAUUUAUUUCUUGUCUGUAAAAUGGGGGCAGCAAUAUCUUACACAGUUGUUGUGGCUUAAAAAUAAUAAGUUGUUAGAAAUGCAGAAUCCCAGACCCCACCCAAAACCCUGUGAACCAGAGUCUGCAUUUUAACUAGAUGCCCAGGAGAUUCAUGUGCACAUUAAAGAUCAAGUCCUGAUUUACUCAGUUAAUUCUUUCCUUAUCCUGGAUAUAGUGUGGCUCUUCUCAUAUUGCUCACACAUACCUGCCAAAAUGAGUUCAGAAAAGUUGCAGGAUAUGAGGUUGAGAUACAAAAAUCAAUUGUAUGUCUAUGCACUAACAAUGAAAAAUCUGAAAAUGAUAAGAAAAAAAAAUUCCACUUACAAUAACAUAGAAAAUUAAAAUAUAAUAUAAUUUUAUGAUUAAAUUUAAGAAAAGAAAUGCAAGACUUGUACACUGAAAAAUACAAAACUUUGCUAAAAGAUAUUAAAGAAGAUCUAAAUAAAUGGAAUGUUAUUGAAUCAGAAGACAAUAAUGUUAAGAAGACAAAACUCCCCAAAUUGAUCUAUAGAUUCAAUGCAAUCCCUGUCAAAAUCCCAGAUGGGUAGUUAAGGUGGUGUCAUAAGUGAAUAUCCUUGUUCUUAGGAAAUGUACAUGGAAAUAUUAUGUUUCAAGAAGCAUGAUGUAUACUCUCAAAUUUUCAGAAAAUAGAUAAAAAUAUAGCCAGACAGGUAGAUGAAUGGAUGGAUGAAUGGAAGGAUGGGUGAUAGAUAAACAGAGAUAGAUCAAUAGAUG